GCCAGACUUUAAGAGAGGACAGUUUUGCUUUUGACCAUUUGUGGUUUUCUCUCAAUUUAGGACCGAGUAGUAGUUUUUCAGACUGGCUGUUAGGACAUGGAUUUAAGAUUACUUGUAAUCCUUUUCCUCUGUUACUGCCAACAAGGCUGGACGGAAGAUGUCAUUUCAGAGGAUGAAAAGGUCUCUGUGAUUCCUUUCAUGUCCCUGAUGGUAACCAGCAGUCCCCCAAUAGAUGUAGUAAGCUCCAGAGUGUCCCACACAGAAGAAUUUACUCCAGAUGGCUUUGUUACCUCUAGCUCCACUGCUGAAAAUGCCGAGAGCUCCUCAGAGGAAGACUUGGAUGAGUUGUGUGGUCCUUUGAAUUCUAAAGAACUUCGUCAGGCCAUAGGGAGUGGGAUUAUGAAGUUUGGUCUGGAGCUGUUGGAGAACCUGAAGGCAGAUGCAAAACAAUCUAAUAUUAUUAUCUCCCCACUCAGUGUGUCCUUAGCUCUCUCUCAGUUGGCUCUGGGAGCGAGGAAUGACACAGAAGAGCUCCUCCUUCAACGCUUACAUGUUGAUACAGUGCCAUGCUACCACAAAGCACUGAAAAGCCUUCUCCAUCAUGUCCGCAAAAAUGCCCUGCAAAUCGCCAGCCGCAUCUACCUUGCUGAUGGAUUUAAGCCAAACCAGGAGUUUAUUGAGGAGUCUCUCAAAAUAUAUGAUUCAAAGCCUGCAGCCUUGACUGAUUUGGAGGAGAUCAAUGAGUGGGUAGAGAAAUCCACAAAUGGUCAUGUCACAGACUUCCUGUCUAGUCUCCCUCCUAACCUUAUCAUGAUGCUUAUCAAUGCUGUGCACUACAAAGGAGAGUGGCUCCGGCGCUUUGACCCUCACUUUACCUCCAGUGAACCUUUUUAUGUUGAUGAAAAACAUAUAGUCAAUGUUGACAUGAUGCUUGGGCCAAAAUACCCACUCAGCCUUUUCAACCAUAAUGAACUUGAUGCGCAGAUUGCUCGUUUCCCAUUCAAAGGGAAUGUGAGCCUGAUAAUUGUAAUGCCGACAAUAGGAUCAGUUGACAUUUCAGCCAUUGCAGCCAAACUGAAUAUCUCAGAUCUAUAUAAUCACUUCCCACGAGAGAGAAGUAUGCAGGUUAAACUCCCCAAAUUCAAACUGGAUUUUACUCAGGAACUUGAAGAGGUGCUGACAAACAUGGGUCUAGGGGAGCUGUUCUCAAGUCCUAAUCUGGGUGGUAUCUCAGCGGGACCCCUGCUGGUCUCCAGUGUACAGCACAAGUCCAGCAUUGAGAUCAAUGAGGAGGGUGCAGAGGCUGCGGCUGCAACCAGCAUAGCAAUCAGCCGCUCCAAUCCCUCUUUUACAGUCAACCAGCCUUUUUUCUUGGCCCUUAUAGAAGAUUCCACUAAAACACCACUUUUUCUGGGGAUUAUUUCAAACCCUAACCCUAGCGGAACUGCUGUAACAGUAGGUUCAAGCCUUUUAGAAAAAGGAGAGUUUCCUAGUACAAAGCAUUUUGACAAGCCACCCAAGUAAGGCUGCUUAUUUAUGUCUUUAGCACUGGCCUGCUUCCAAAUAGCAAAUUAAGAUCUGCAACAAAACUAGGCUCAGUUAUAAUAUGUUUAAUGGGCAUGUUACAAAUAUGGCAAUGACAUAUUGGUAUUUUUAAAAGUUUCUUUUUACCCUAUAUGUAAAUGACCUUUCAGCUCUGGGUGAAGAUUACAUUAACAGCACUCAACUCUGUUUUAUUGCUGUUGUAAAAGCAUGUGUUUGAUGAUUAAAUAAAUGUAUUUUUAAAAAUGAA